AUGACGGAAUGUGAAUUUUGCAUCUACCACGUUCAAAAUGAAUUCAAAAAGUCUAGUGCAAAACGAUCGGAAAUCCAAUCACAUUUUUCGGGAACUGGUCUUUCUACAAAGGAUCGACUGAAACAAAAAGUCUUGGGAAAAGAAGAGGUAUUUUAUGGAGGACAAAUAUUUACGGGGAAAGUAGUGGCACCUCCAGCUUCCAAGGCAAAGGAUAACAAAAUAUUGGACAGUCUCAAACUGCAAAGUCAAGCUGCAAGAUUGAAAGAGGAAGAAGAAAAUCUGGCUAGAAAAAAUAUGAAAACUGAAUUUUCCGAACGGUUGUUAAAUCCAACUGCUGGGACCCGAAACUUAUUAAAAUGUUUAGAACAGGCAAAGAGCUCGAAAGGAUCUGCACCAAUCUCUUCUCCUACAGCGCCAAUGAAAUCGAUAACAGCCAGAGACUUAAUCCAGCAACAUCAACAGAAACUUCUAGAAAUGAAGGCAAUCCAGACGAAAGCAAGCCAAGCCGCUCUGUCGACUUCCCUGCUUGGUCGAGGACUGGUACAAGAUCAAAAGGAAAUUGAUCUCUCUGAUGAGGCGCGCCUUUCAAAACCUCAUCCGACCUCAUCCACGAAAGAUGUCGGCCAAAUUAAAAGCGCUGCAACUUGUUCGGCUAAAAGGACAGCUGCAACCAUCCGAUCCUAA